UACUUUUUUAUUUUCUUUUGGAGAGUAAAAGUCAAAUCUGUUGUUACUGCGACGACAUAGUUUACGAGUAGUCAACACGUGUAUCUAAACUUCACACAAUACAACAAACAUCACAACAUGCCUGAUCAGGACGUAUACCGCAAAGUCGGCCGAGGCGGCGCCGGGAAUUUUGUAUCAAGCAAACCUGAAGAUGCCGCCAACGCCGAUCUUGAAGCACAGAACCUAGCAACAGAAGAAGUCCAGCCAUCCGCCAACGGCCCAUCACGAGCUGGCCGUGGAGGCUUCGGCAAUUACGUCAACCCAGAGGAACUACCAGAUGCCAAAGAGCAAGACGAGAUGGCUCAGAAGACAGCGGCUGCUGUGAAUGCAAGUCUGAAGAAGAAUCACGUUGCGAGGGGAGGACUUGGUGGGAGAGGUGGAGCUGGAAACUGGAAGCAUGCUAUUUCGUUUGAAGAGGAGGAAAGGAUGAGAGAAGAAGAAAGAUUGAGAGGUGAGCAAUUGGCCAAGAAGGUGAAGGAGGAGGUUGAUCAGGGUCUAAGAAUGCCUGAAAAGGCACAUCACGGACAUCAUGUUAAGCAUAACGAACAAUGAGGCUUGCUAAUGGCAGCGGGACGGCCGGGACUCGGGCUAGAAUGCUUAGAGCCAUAUGGGUUCAUUUUAC